CAACGGAAAGUGUCUUCAAGGUCAUUCACUUAAACAACACGUACAGUCAUUUAAUGAAAAAUGUACAUACAGUGAGAAAUUGACAAAAUAAAUACGAAUAACAUUAAAAACUAUUUACAAAACAGGCUUUUCAGGCCUAUCUCCACAGACCUUUUAUUCUUAUUAUUGAGAUUGUUAAUGUACUUUGAAUAAACUUUCGUUUGUUUGGAACUAUCAGUUAGAAGGUCUCCAAAGUAGAUAUUCGAUCGACGGAACUGUCCGUUUGGGAAUGUUUGUCGUUUAUAUCUUGUUUUUAUGUGGGACUGGAGUAGUUCAUUCCAAUUUAUGUCCAAGACAGUGUUUGCCGGGAUCCUGUUGCGAAGUUGAAGAAAAUGACUUCAGAUGCUGUCCUUAUGCUAAUGGUGUAUGUUGUAGUGAUGGGAGAAACUGCUGUCCUCAAGGGACAAAGUGUGAUUUGGAACUCGGUCAUUGUCGUUCUCCUAAUGGGACUGUGUUACCCUCCAAACAUAUAUCAGAGAAAGUAAUUGGUGACUUAAAAACCAGUACUUUAGAUAUGGUGCUUAGGAGACUAUCUACAAACUACAUUAUGUGUCCCGACCGCCAGUCAGUGUGCCAGGAUAACACUACAUGUUGCCCAAUGUCAGGUGAGAUAUGGGGUUGUUGCCAACAUGCCAACGCUAUUUGCUGUCCAGAUGGAGAACAUUGUUGCCCUCAUGGUUCAGUCUGCGAUAUGGUGCAUCGCUCAUGUAAACCAGCUAAGUCCGAUGAAAUCCCAGAGAUAAAAGAAUCUUCCCACACCUUACACCUCGUAUCAGCAUCAGCUCCUGCACGUCUCAACCCAAAUGUCAACCCAUCUAAAGCAGGCUGGGGAAAAAAGAUUCAUAAACUGUCAGCCAAGUAUUUACUAGCUUAUUCUGGUAUUGUAUGUCCAGAUCCAUUAUAUGAAUGCCCAGCUAAUACAACUUGUUGUCCUAGUCCAGAUGAAACAUGGGCAUGUUGCCCUAUUCCCCAAACUGUCUCCUUUCCUGGUGUUUAUAACAAAGCUUUGAAUAAGUCCCUUGAACAGAUGUACAGUAAUAAAAAUAGUUCACAUUCUGUCGCAAAUUUUAAUUUGAUUUAUAUGAGCUUAUCAACAUUGAAUGACACACAAUUAUGUCCAGAUGCAAAAUCUCGCUGUAGCAGUGAACAAACAUGUUGCAAACUAAAAACUGGAGAGUGGGGUUGCUGCCCUGUGAUAAAUGCUGUAUGUUGCAGUGAUGGAGAACACUGUUGUCCUGAAGGUUAUGUAUGUGAUUUAUCUGUUGGAGAGUGUAUAAAUCGUUCUAAACCAUCAAAUGAAUUGAAAAAGUUUUUACCAAACAUUAAUUUAUCAUCAUUACCAACAAAAAUUGGUUAUAAUAAUCGUUGUCCUAACAGUGAUGUUUAUUGUGAAGAUAAUUCAACUUGUUGUGAACAUGAUAAGGAAUGGGGUUGUUGCUUGUUCUCAAAUGCAGUCUGUUGUUCCGAUGGUGUUCAUUGUUGUCCAGCAAAUACAAUUUGUGAUUUAAAAGCAGAAAUGUGUAUUGGUGAAUCAGGUGAUAUUCUCACUAAACUACAAUUGAAAUCUAAACCUAAAUUUAAUUCAUUCAAAUAUAAUUCACGUAUUAGUAUUUGCUCUGAUAUGAAAUCAGUUUGUAUUAAUGGUACAUGUUGUUCCAAUGUAAAUGAUCAAUUAUCAACACUUUGUUGUCCUUAUGAAAAUGCCGUUUGUUGCAACGAUGGUGAACAUUGUUGCCCAAAGGGUACAACAUGCGAUAUGGUCAAUGGUGGUUGUAUUAUUUCACAAGAAGAUUUAUCAAAAUCUAAUUCUGUUCCAUUGCUUACCAAGAUCUCAGCUUUACAUGUUACUUCCAAAAAUAACACACAGUCUACUGUUUUCACACAAGUUUGUCCUGGUGGUAAAGCGAAAUGUCCAGAUAGUGCAACAUGUUGUAAAUUAUCUAGUGGGGAAUAUGCAUGUUGUCCAAUUCCAAAUGUGAGUUUCCAUCAAAAUAGGAGUUUUAUUAAUAUAAAUUAGUAAUCAUACUUCGAUAACAAGGUUGCAGACUUUAUUCUUUUUUUACUUAAGUUGAGUUAUGAUAAGUCAGUCCGCCUACUUGAACAUUUGUUUCUAACUUUCCAGCCGCUUCCUAUAACCACAGAUUACGCAUACGCCUAAACUUGAACAAUAGGAAAAAGGAGAGAAAUAUGAGUCAGCUCUUUACUUAAAAAUGAGUUAUGUCAGUCACUCAUACUGUAUAACCUGUUACGUGUGUACAUCGGUUCAAGUCCCCAUACCCAAAUAACAGAGAGAGAGAGAGAGAUGGAAUUAUAAGACCAAAUCUUAGAAUGGUAGAGGUAGUAACGGUAACAAUGGUAAUAGGAAAGAUUAGAUAUCAAACACGAUUUGGAAAGAAAAUAUAAAUUAAUGAAAUAAAAACAAAAGUAAUGGUUAUGAGGAAUUCAGAAUUUCGGGGAUGACAAAUAAUGGAUGCAUCUGCACCAUUGCAAACGAUUUUGAGCCAUGUGAUUCAAAGUCCCUAACUAUUGGUAAUGAUAAUCACGCGGAUCUCAGCCAGGCAGUCUACACCUAUUAACAUGGCCAAGUCUAACUAUCUAUGACUUUAUGGACUGACGGCAUGUUUUGGUUUUGCCGCCCCUAGCUUUCUUCCGGAUUACUCCUACACCACACAACAUCGCCCUAUGGAGAUUAUAAAAGUUUGAAUCCGUUGAUAAAUAUCGCGUGCCAUAUCACCAAUCACAGUCCUAAUUCUAAUUUAAUCUAUUUCGCGUCUACCACUUUCUCGAUAGCCCAGUUUCCUCAAUUUGUAUAAAUACAUGCUCGAUCAGUACCAUCAGCUGUAAAUCAAACAACCCACCUCCUAUUGGUCCGCUAUUCCUACACUCCUCUCUAUGCCCUGCCCUGAGUUGAGGAGUAGCAACCAACCUCUCCUACGUUCCUAUUUCAAACAGAUGCGUUUCUUAUACAGGCAUACCAGACCGUAUUACACCAUAGAACAAGUCAACGGUGUCUGUGUAUGGGAGAGGGUGUAAAUAAUGGAAUGAGAACAAAAUAGGUAUAGUAAGUCGUACAACAGUACGGAAUGAGUCAACUGAAAUCCUAUGAUAAAUGGUAUAUAUAUAACAAUUUUUCAAUAACCAUGGCUUCUAUAAAUCUAAGAAUGGGCCCUUGAUAAUUUCUGUACAAAGCCUUAAAGACCAUCUCAGGGUUGAUCCUUUGACUUGUUUCAAUUGUGUUUUACAAUCUAGGAGCCUGGUUUUCUACUUUCUGCUAUUUUGGCAUAUGCUCCAUCACAGCUGAUUAAAUGGAGAAGUAAUCAAAAAUUCUGUAGUAAAGGAGACAAACAAUCGUUAAUUUCAGCAUAACUUUGAAUCGUUUUGACAUAAUCAAGAAUUCACUGUUCAUGAUGAGGAUUUUAAACAAGUUUUCUUAGUUGAUUGUUUUAAUCUUUCAUUGUCUUUCUAGAUAGAGUCAUCUAAAGAUGCUUUUUUAAAGGAUAUUUUAGUGAUGUUGUUUAGGACGAUUAAAGCUCCAUAGACCAUUGAACCAACCAGUUCAGGCGAACAGAAUACAUUCAAAAUUUUGAAAACUUGUUCAAUAUUUUAUUGAUUACGAACCGAUUUAAGUUAGAUUACCAUUAAAAAUGUGGAAGCACUGGACAACUGUUUCGUUUUUGUAUGGAACUUCUCAGUGGUGGUGCACAUUUAUGACACCGAUAUGGGGGACCGAACCCAAUACCCUGUUUAAUAUUGAUAGAAAUGAUUUGAAUAUCUGAAUGCAUCAUUAACAAUUAAAACGUUUGUCAAUAGUUUUUGUUUUAUUAAUAUAUUGAGAUAAAGCAAGGUUUUGGCUUUUGUAACAACAAAGUUUUCUAUGAUAAAGGUACUUGUCAUCUAGUUUCAAUGUUAAAAAUGCUACCAAUCUCUCCCAAUCUUAAUUUUUCCCCAACCGUAGUUAAAAACAGUAGUCGGCGUUUAGAUUCGUAUGAACAUUGGUUCGUUGGGUAAAGGAAAUAUGAAACUUUGUGGCAGGCCUAUUAGCUACGGACAACUCAAUCAUGUUUCAAAGAACAUCUUUUGAGUUUUCCGCGUUAUCCAUUCUGUUUUUAUAACUAAAUGCCAUUCUGGCAUUGUAGUUUAUUUCAGUUCCGAUUUAUCUUAAUGAAAAUAGUUGGUAGAAGUUCCUCAAUUUGCUAUUGUAGUAUUUCUCAAUGUUCGUAUGUAAACUACAGUCUUGCUAAAAAAAUUUAAUUUGUCUCCUGAUUUUACAGUGUUCUUUUGUUUCCUAUCUUAUUUAAAAUUUCAUUUGGUAUAUUCAUCUAUAAAUAAUGAACGACAAAAAUGUAGUGCCAUUUAUGACUUCAAUUAAUCUCGUAUUUCUCCUUUCUAUUAAAUGGAUACUAAAUUGCUUAGAAUGAACACUGAACGAUUUAUCCACGUAUACAACUCAUUCACUCUACACUAGAUACUCCGCCAGGAUUAUUCUAUCAGAUAUC